AUGGCGUGGGGUGAUCUUCCUGUUGAAGGGCGGACGUUGGACCCUUUGAAUGAUGAUCUUCGACACGGAUUGACUGCCGUUACUGUCCUCGCUUUCAUUUCCUUCUUUUCUGCGAGUACUUUGUUCUUUUACUUGGUGUACAAGCUUACGACAUGGAGCUUGUUCAUCAAGUCGCAGCCUUCGGGGCACUUUCAACAUACGACUGGACCGAUCCAAAGAGCCAUCGACUUUACGCUGGGUAUUGAUGGGAUAUUUGCAGAGAACGAUCAAGAUGCCAAUAAGAAGGCGGACGGAAAUGUUCCUACCGCCCCUCGACGACCAAAUCAGUUCCUCGUGCUGAUCAUCAAUCUACUACUCGCCGACAUGCACCAAGGAGUAGCCUUCUUUCUCAACGUGGCGUGGCUUCGAAAUAAUGCCAUCAUGGUCGGAACAGCGUCUUGCUAUACCCAGGGACUCUUUGUGUCGCUUGGUGACUUGGCUUCGUCCAUGUUCAUCACUGCAAUUGCCAUUCACACUUACCUUGCGGUAGUCAAGCGACGGCAGACACCACAAAGAGUACUGUACGCAAUGAUUAUCGCUAUCUGGAUCUUCGUCUACGCCAUCUCCCUCAUUCCAAUUGCCGCGACUCGCAAUGGUGCCGAGUUUGGUGGGUUCUUUGUCCGCGCUGGAAGCUGGUGCUGGAUGAACCGAAAGUACGAGAACCUUCGACUCUUCACACAUUACCUCUACAUCUUCCUCGGCCUUGGUACAACAUCUAUCCUGUACCUCAUCAUAUUCUUCCACCUCCGUCGUCAAGCCCGCUUUGAGUCAUCGGGAUCACCAAGCCAGGCUGAUACCAUGCAACUCCAACUCAGCCGCAACCCUGCCUUCUUGAUCUACCCCGUCAUCUAUGUCAUGUGUACCCUUCCUCUUGCGGCCGGCCGUAUCGCGACGAUGGCUGGUGCGAGUGUACCCAACGGCUACUUCUGCUUUGCUGGUGCCAUGAUUGCAUCCAACGGUUCCUUCGAUUGCCUGCUAUUUGGCACGACCCGAAACACCAUCGUCUUCGCCUCAAAGUACGACGUCUCUUCCGACGAUGUUGGCCUUAGCACCUUUGCCUUCCUCAAGACACCUAGUCGCCGGUUCGGAAACACGAUCUCGAUCCAGGGUGGCCAACAAGCAGACGAGAACGUCGCUGGAGGAUGGUGGUCAUGGCCUGCUAGGGUGAGCGGGUCGGAGAACAGAAGUCGAAAGGGAAUGACACGCACCAUCAGCCAAGAAUCUCUGAGAGGGCCGGCUAUCCAGAUGGAUACCGUGACAUCGGUGGUCGUCGAGGUUGAUGACUCGGCGGAGAGAGACCCAAGAUACCCAGAUACAGCAGCAAGCUCCAAUCCUUCGUUACGCAGUGCGGAAAAGGAUUAUACGAGAACGAUACAAAGAAGCAUAUAUGCUCAUAGAUAA